CAGCACUCACUCCAUCUUCUACUCCAGCCCGUCGCAUUUGCCAGUGUCCUGUGAGGAGGAAGGAAGGGUAGCUAGCAACCAGGGAGCUAGGCCUACGUCAAUGGCGACCAUAGCCACCAUGGCCAUGCUCAAGCCCGCCGCCAAGAUGCAGGCGCCGUCGUCCAGCGCCGCCCGGGCGUCGCCGACCGGCAUCUCGCUGCGCACCCUGCACAAGAAGGGAGCCCUGGCCGUGUCCCCCGCGGCCGCGGCCAUGGCGGGCGCCUUCUUCUCCUCGCUGGCGACGUCGGAACCGGCGAUGGCGGCGCAGAGGAUCGCCGACGUGGCGGCGGCCUCGCCGACCGAUGACAACCGGGGCCUGCUGCUGCUCUUCGUGGUGUCGCCGGCGCUCGGGUGGGUGCUCUUCAACAUCCUCCAGCCGGCGCUCAACCAGCUCAACAAGAUGCGGUCCGAGAAGGCGCUCGUCGCCGGGCUCGGCAUCGGCGCCGCCGCGGCCGCCGGCCUGGCCGCCGCGCCGGAGCCGGCCUCCGCCGCCGUGCAGGAGCUCGCCGCGCUGGCGGCCGCGACGCCAACAGACGACAACCGGGGCCUGCUGCUGCUCUUCGUCGUCGCGCCCGCCAUCGGCUGGGUGCUCUUCAACAUCCUGCAGCCGGCGCUCAACCAGCUCAACAAGAUGCGGUCCAACUGAUCGAUGAGCACGUAUGCACGUACGUACGUCGUCGUCCUCCUUGUUGUAGUGUGCGUUCGAGUAUUAAGAGUGGUGAUAGUAGCCCUGGAACCUCAACGUGGUGUAAUUACCCGUUUGCAAAUUCUAUAAUCGUGUUCCUUCCA